UAUCGUAUCAUAUAGCAUUGCUGAUACUAUGCUUCUAUUUUUAUGUGUUUUGAAUAACCCGCGUGUUCGCUUUAGUUUGUAUUUAUCUUUACAGAGGCGCACGAAUUUGUCAAUAGUUUUAAGAUAGAGAAUCUAUACUAAAUUUCCGUUGUUCAACGACAAUGAAUGGGCGCUAUAUAAAAGAUUGCUGUUAUGUACAAUAUAUAUCAUUUUAAAUUGUUUUAGGAAGGGUUGGAAUAAUUGGUAUUAAAAACUAAAUCUUUCAUGUAUAUUUACAAACUAAUACAACAGGUGUUAAAUAUUUCAAAAAUAAAGUACUCGAAUUAUAAAGGUUAGAUUUAUCUUAUGAUGUAUCAAAAAAUGAAUCUCGAAACAGAAUAUUUAUCGGAAGAACAUUUGACUGGUUUUGAAAAUUAUAAAUAUAGCUCAUUGGAUACGAGUCCCCUUAGUGUGUAUGUUAUGCAUCCAUUUUGGAACAAAGUUGUUGAGUAUUGUCCAAAGUGGGUAGCACCAAAUGUAUUAACGUUCUCUGGAUUUCUUUUUACCGUAUUAAAUUUUGUGGUAUUUGCAACAUUUGAUUAUUAUUUUUAUGCAUCAAGCGAUGAUCAUUCACAAUAUUCUCCUAUACCUCGUUGGGUAUUUGCAAUAGCUGCAUUUAAUAUCUUUAUGGCAUAUACACUUGAUGGUAUUGAUGGAAAACAAGCAAGACGUACACAAACUUCUGGGCCUUUGGGUGAAUUGUUUGAUCAUGGUUUGGACAGUUGGACGGCAAUGUUAAUCACUGUUUGUAUGUACUCAGUUUUUGGAAGGACAGAUCAUAGUGUUUCCCCGUUACGAAUGUAUUUCAUACUUUGGAAUGUAUUUGUUAAUUUUUAUUUAAGUCACUGGGAGAAAUACAAUACAGGUGUGCUAUUCCUUCCUUGGGGAUAUGAUGCAUCUAUGUUGGCAACUAUCUUGGUAUUUAUCCUGACUAGCAUAGGAGGUCAUGAAGCAUGGAAAUUUUACUUGCCAGGAGGAAUAUCAGCAGGAAUAAUGUUUGAAAUGUUAUUAUAUGUUAGUGCCCUUGUAUCAAAUUUACCAGUUGUACUUUGGAAUAUAUACAAAUCAUAUAGGGAUAAGACAGGAAAAAUGAGAACAUUUCCAGAAGCAAUAAGACCAUUGGUGCCUUUAGUAUUAUUAUUUAUGAUUUCUACACUUUGGAUAUUAUUCUCACAACAAAAUGUAUUGGAAAAAGAUCCUCGUAUCAUAUAUUUUGCCAUUGGCACUACUUUUUCUAAUAUAUGCUGUCGUUUAAUUGUGUCUCAAAUGAGUAAUACUAGAUGUGAAAUAUUGCCAUGGAUAUUAUUACCGGUGACAAUAGCAGCUAUUCUUUCAUUUGUCUUGCCUGAAAUAGAUCUUAAAUCUAUGUACUUUGUAUCAAUUUUAUCCUUACUUGCCCACAUUCACUAUGGUACCUGUGUGGUGCGCCAAAUGUGCCGUCAUUUUCGAAUUCAUACAUUCCAUAUAAAGGAUCAUUCUGAUUGACUACUUGUGGAUAAUAUAUGUUAGAAAUAAAAAGAGCAACAGACCGGACAAGAGGCAAUAAGAAUAAAAAGGAAAGGAGAUAUUUGGAACCCAAUGGUUAGUGACAUACGAAAAUCAUAGAUCAAAUAAUAACUCACUUGUAUAGGAAACCGAAAUAAUUUAAGUCUAAUAUUACUACAAUAUAACUAUUUAAAAUUGUAA